AUGGAGGUAAUUUUAAACACCUGGAUCAAGAUAACUUGGUUAUCUUUCUUCUUCUUCUUCUUCUUCUUCUUCUUCUUGUUCUUCUUCUUCUUCUUCUUCUUCUUCUUCUUCUUCUUCUUCUUCUUCUUCUUCGGGAAAGUAAGUACUUCCAAAAAGCCAUGUAAAGUCUGCCGAAGCACGCACACUCUCUUCUCUUUCUUUCACCUCACCUUUCUCUCAUUCUGCUUUACUUCUUAUCCGACGUGUAUAGUUCAAUUCUUUCGGGACGUCUGGAAUAUUUCAACCAUCCUCUCUUUUAUAGUUGGUUCGCUCUACCUCCCACUUUCUUCCCCCUCCUUUUCCCCUUCCUUCUCCCCUCCUUUCUCCUUUCCUCCCCCUUCUUCCCUCUCUAUCUCUUUCUCUCUCUGUCUAUCUAUCUAUCUAUCUAUCUUAACGUCACGUCGGUUUUCCACUUGUUUUACUUUCUUUUUUUUCACACACUUGUCAAUAAAGUUUUUCUGGUUGUGCUUUAUAUACAUAUAUAUAUCUAUGUCUUUGUCUCGCCUUCCCCCACCUACUAGUCUCAGUUCUCUCCCUCUCCCUUUCUUUCUCUAUUACUUUUUGAUUCUUCGCAAACAGUUCCUCUUUACCGACGCGUAA